UAAGCGAUAGUUUUCUUUCUCUAUCCAAUCCUCAACCCAAGCUCAGAAAAGAAAACCUUGAAACUUUAAGCAGAAGAACUUAUAUUGCCUGCCUACAUCUCUAGUCAAAAUUCCAACAUGAAAUCUGGAGAUCAAACUUCACGGAGGAAGAGAAACAUCAAGUGCUGGGCAUUUGUAGUAGCCGGUGUCAUAGCACAUACCAUAAUCGUUUUGCUCUUCGUGCUGCUAGUAAUGCGUACCGGAAAUCCUAAAGUUCGUUUGGGAGGGGUCACGGUAGAAAAUCUCAGAGCCAGUUCCUCAUCUUCCUCACCUUCUUUUAGCACGAAACUUAAUGCUCAAGUUUCCGUUAAGAACAGGAAUUUCGGUCACUUCAAAUUCAAGAACAGCACUCUCACGAUUUCUUACAAUGGUACUCCUGUUGGUAAGGCUACUAUCGUUGAGGGUCGUGCCAGGGCUCGAUCAACCAAGAAGUUUAAUGUGACGAUAUUGGUUAGUUCCAACAAUAAGAUAUCAAGAAAUUCAGACCAGCUUAGUUCUGAUAUUGAUUCUGGGAUCAUAAAUUUGAGCAGCCAUGCCAAGCUGGAAGGAAAGAUACAUCUAUUCAAGAUAUUCAAGAAGAAGAAAUCAGGAGAAAUGAAUUGCACUAUGGACGUUAACACCUCGUUGAAACAAAUCCAGAACCUGACGUGCAAAUGAGAUGCAUUAAUCAAACUUCAUUGGAGUUUGUCUACUUAUGUUGUGUUUAAUUUUCUGAUCAAAUGGCUUUGAAAUUUGGAUUUGUUAGUGAAGCUACAUUGUAAGAUAUAAAGAACUUGCUUACUGUUUUGAACAUUCUUCAAUUUGUAGUUUGUAUGGUUGGAUG